AUGUAUAAAUUAAUAUCAAUUAUAACAUUGAUAGUAUUCUGUUUAUUAGGGUCUAGCAAUUGUGAUCAAUCAAUUGUCUUUAAUUCUCAAUGUAAGUUUACACAAUCACCUCCCGUACAACUAGCAUUCAAAGUUGGAUUUAAUUUAACGUUUAUUGAAUUUAAUCCUACUAUUCAACAUAAUGUUACUGUUGCUGCAACCGAAACAAAUCAAAUAAGCAUCGUACCAUGUAUCAUUAUAUCAAACUCGACAGAUUGGUUGUAUUGUGAAACUACCUAUGCCAUCGCAACAGGUGACUAUAAUGUUACAGUAGAGAAUGAUUUCAAUAGUCAAUCUACUAUCAUUACAUUUAAUCAAACCUAUCCACUAGGAACUGCAUUUUCGUAUGUUGAUGUGGACCAGGCCAGUCUGUCUAUCAAUGGUUAUUUUGGUGAAAACGGACUGCACAAUGUAUCAGUAUUGAAUGCUAUUUUCGUUCCUCCCCCUGCUCCUUAUACAUACAACAUUACCAACACAACAAGUCCCUUUUGUACCAACGUCGCAAAAAAUUGUUAUGGAAACGGAGAAUGCUCUGAAAAGUUUCAAGUCUGUUGGUGCAACAGUGAUAUUAAAGAAACAACAGCAAUUAUCAAUGAAACCAAACCAGUUGCAUCGUUUGAUAUUGAUGGAGCUGAAUUUAAAUUUGAAAUAAUGUCAAUUCAAGAAUUGGAUUGGGAUGAAUCGAUCAUCAAGGAGCUACCAACUGAUCAAUGGCAAUCAACUGUCAAUGAGACAUUGCACCAUUUGACAACAGUAGAUUAUAUAUUCGAUACUUUUAAUAACACAGUCGUUGGUCCAAAGACAGAGAUUUCAGCCACCAUCUCAUUCGCACCAUACUUUAGAUCAAUUGCUGUCGGAAACAAAUUUCCUAUGGAUGUAGACAUUAAUCAAUAUGCCGUUAAAAUGUCAGUCAAUGUUAGUGGUUGGGAAUUCAAGUCGACUGAAACCUAUCUACGAGUGGUCUUCCAAACAGAGAUUAACAACAAUCAAUCAUUCUCUUAUGACUGCAAGGAAAAUACCUAUGUCGAUACAUUCUCUUUUGACUCUAUGAAUACAACGCUGCAGUAUAUGAGAGUAAUCAAAGGUGUACUAUCGAUUACACCAAAUAGUGAUACAACCUCUAUUGCAACCAUCGGUAUCGUAAUUGGUCAUUGUGACCAAUGUGUACUCGAUCCAGACUUUACACCAUUACAAAUCACCUAUGAUUGUAAAACUGUCAAUUGGAGAUUGAUUGUAGGUCUAGUAGUUGGAGGUGUUGCUGCUAUUGCCAUCAUCACAUUAUCUAUCAUUCUCAUCAAAAGACAUAAAAAUCGUCAAGAUCCAGAAAGACAACCAUUAAAUAUCAAUUAA